AUUUCUUAACGGAACGUACUGAGUUAAAACAUUUUCUACACGGACUGUUUUGAGUGAUGCACAAUUCUUUAGAUUCCGACUGGUGUCCGACUUGCAACGACGUCUUCCACAUUGUUUAGUGUCAGAGAAAGAGAGUUAUGAACGACUGGAGUCCAGUGGCAAAAGUCUACGACCCUCUCAAGGCGGGCAGCAUCGAUGGCACAGACGUGGAGCCCCAUGACCGGGCCGUCUGGAGGGCCAUGGUCGCCCGCUACAAACCCAACAAAGCCGUGGUGGGGGACCCGCUCCUCACUCUUUUCGUGGCCCGCUUGAACCCUCAAACAACGGAGGAGAAGCUGAAUGAAGUGUUCUCCAAUUACGGGGAUAUCCGCCGGCUGCGCCUGGUGAGGGACAUAGUGACUGGGUUCUCUAAGGGCUAUGCCUUCGUUGAAUACAAAGAGGAGAGGUCCGUGGUCAGGGCGAGGCGAGACGCCAACAAACUAGUGGUAGACCAAAGUGAGUUGUUUGUGGACUUCGAGCAGGAGAGGACCCUGAAGGGAUGGGUACCUCGUCGGCUGGGCGGAGGGCAGGGGGGCAAGAAGGAGUCUGGUCAGCUGCGGUUUGGUGGGAAGGACAGACCCUUCCGCAAACCCAUCAACCUUCCUGUCACCAUGAACCAGGAAUGGGGUGGUGGUGGCAGAGAGUGUGAGAGAGGAGGAGAGAGGGAGGAGCGCUACAGAGAUGGGUCCCUGAGCCGUGAGAGAGAGACUGAUUGGGGGAGUAGGGGGAGAAGAGAUGACCGAGACAGAGGGAGAGAGAGGGGUGUAGAAAGGGAGUACCACCGCGAGAGGAGGGAUAGGAGUUAUGAGAGGGAGUCGACGAGAGAGCGGGAGUCGACGAGAGAGCGGGAGUCGACGAGAGAGCGGGAGUCGACGAGAGAGCGGGAGUCGACGAGAGAGCGGGAUGACAGGAGAGAGAGGGAUGACAGAAGACACAGGGAUGAUAAGUACAGACACAGAGACAGGAGAUGAAACUCAGUGGUCCCUCUGACUACUCUGACAUCUGAAAGGAUGCAUGGGUGGAGAGCGAGGUGGAGCAAGUAAUACAAAAACGUUUUGACUACAUUGGUCUCUUUUUUUUCUUCUCACCUGGUUGGUGUGGACAGGUGAUGUCAUCCCACCCAUUUCUUCACUGUAACCUUCUGCUGGCCUGGCUCAGCAGGGUGCUGUUAUCUACCUGUUGUUCUUUAUGCACUGAAUAAAGUUUAUUUUACAGUC